UGUGUAAAUGAAAUCUCGGAAUGUCCGGAAGGAAACUUCAAGAUAAUUCGUAACUGCACAACAACGUCCCCGACUAUAUGCAAAGGCUGUGCUGAGGAGCAUUACUUCCAUUCAGGCUACGGAGAGCAUGGAGGUUGUGUUCCUUGUUCACAGCCAUGUGGUGUUUUUUAUUUAGAGACAAGGAAAUGCGAAACAGCUCAUGACCGUAUCUGCACACCGUGGAAUCCACCUACAAUGGUGGGAAAAAGUAAGUAUGUUAAAGAUGGACCUAGCGCUCUCAAGAUGACACCUCGGACCUUAUUUCCUUUAUUAUUCUUUACUUCCUUAUAUUAA